AUGACGCGAGACGCGAGGGACGCUGAUUGGAGGGCCGGCGCGGGGGAUAUAAGACCAGAGCGUUCGACAAUAUCCCUAGACACCGAGCUCGCGAAGACGGCGCCGCAGGUUGCAUGGAUCGGGCGGGGUGUCAACAGGCCGGGUACGCCCCGCCCCGCCCCCCCUUCUUCCCCCACUCACCCCCGCUCGCAGGCCACGGCCAAGAACCUCAUCACGCACGGGGCCCUCUCCGCCCUCUGCCGCGCGGCCGCCCUCGUCGGCGCCGCGGACACCGUGUUCUUCUGCGUGGGGAGCGACGCGGCGGUCGGGCGCGCGGGGAGGUGUUCGUCGACUGCUGGACGGUGCACCCGCGCGGGGGUGGGGUCCGUCGCGACGCCCGACGACCGCCAGCUCGCGGCCGUGCCCGCGGCGGACCAAAUCCUGCCCUGCACGACCGGCGUCAUCGUCGGGAACACGCUCGCGCUGAACAUGGUCGAGGCGCUCGCGGGCCCGGUGGAUGUGGUGAGGAAGGACGCGAGGCAUAUGUUGGCGCUGGCGGAGGCGACAGGGACGAGGCUGAGGAAUAUAGAAAACGUGGAUCUUCACGUAGAGGCCGUGCAGAAGCACACGAACCGCAAGUGGUGA